CUGCCCCGCCGACCUAAUUGUCCCUCUUCUCUCGACUUUAAUUCUUUUCGGCUCAUACGACCGCCUACACACAGUCAGGCUAUACACACACAUACCCACACUCUUUCCAUUUAGACGCCGACGGGGGAGAAGAGAGUGCGCCAACAUGUCUUGGGGCGGCUUCAAGAAGUCGAUCAACAGGGCGGGGACGACUUUGAUGCAAAAGACGGGCCAGGUGGAACGGACAAUCGACUCUGAAUUUUCUGAUGAGCACGCGCGAUACAAGCAGUUUGAGAAGGAGACGCUCUCUUUGCAGAAGGAGGCAAAGGCCUACCUUGACAGCAUCCGAUCGUUGGCCUCGUCGCAGGCGCGUAUUGCAGAGACUGUCGAUGGCUUCUACAAUGACUCAUCCGAGGCUGCCAUGGCCGCCAAUGCAUACAAGCGCGCCGUCGAUGAGCUCGACAGCAAGACGGCACGCGACCUAGAUGCGCCGUACCGAGCGACGGUGCUUGAGCCCAUUGGGAAACUGUGCAGCUACUUUCCCGAGAUCAACAAGACGAUUGAAAAGCGCAACAAGAAGCUGAUCGACUACGAUGCAGCCCGCUCUCGGCAUCGCAAGCUCAUCGAUAAGCCGUCCGAUGACGCGACAAAGCUGCCGAGGGCGGAAAAGGAGUACGAGGACGCGAAAGUCAUCUUUGAGGCCAUGAAUCAGCAGCUGCUCGAGGAGCUGCCCCAGCUCGUCGACCUCCGCAUCCCUUACCUCGACCCGUCGUUUGAGGCCAUGGUGCGCAUGCAGGCCCGCUUCGCAGAGGAGGGCUAUGAGAAGAUGGGCGGCGUCCAGCGGUAUUUUGCAGAGGGCAUCCGGGAGGAAUACGCCGAUGGCCAGCUCGACACACAGGUCGAGGGCGUCUUGCAGGAGAUGAGGGAGCUAUCCAUCUGCGGUCUGGCCCAGUAG